CAAGGUUGUUCCAUCAGUAUCACUCCGUAAUCUCCUCGCCUCAAAAAGCAAAGCCCUUACCCAAUCCUCUGAUAUUUCAUUCCUACCACUUUUCUCCGUUAAUUAUUCGCAUCGGCUCGUGUGAUCUCAGCAGUAUUCCUUUUUCGCCUCAGAUUCACCAUGGGUGCUCUCGAUCAUAUUUCUGAACUCUUUGACUGUUCCACUGGUAGCUCCAAGCACAAGAGGCGCAGGCAAUUGCAGACGGUGGAGGUUAAAGUGAAGAUGGACUGUGAAGGAUGCGAGAGGAAGGUGAAGAGGUCGGUGGAAGGCAUGAAGGGCGUGAACCAGGUGGAUGUGGAUCGCAAGGCUAACAAAGUAACUGUCACCGGCUACGUGGAGGCGUCCAAGGUGGUGUCUCGGAUAGCUCACCGGACCGGCAAGAGGGCCGAGCUGUGGCCGUACGUCCCUUACGACGAGGUUGAGCACCCUUAUGCUGCCGGCGUCUACGACAGGAAGGCGCCGGCUGGGUACGUGCGAAAUGCUCAAGAUCCAUACGUGUCCCAGCUCGCACGUGCGAGCUCCUCGGAGGUGCGUUACACGACGGCUUUCAGUGAUGAGAACCCCGCCGCCUGUGCCGUCAUGUGAUGCGGCAGAUGUUUCCGUGGCGGCCUAGCCUUUGCGUUCGCUGUUGUUGACUUUGUUUUAAGAUUUCUGAAUGUUAGAUUCCUUUAGAUUAGUUUGCUAAAGACACUGGUGAAAUCCAUAUAGAUAUAUCUUGAUUUGAUUGCAUAUGGUCAAGAAUUUUGAUGAAUCUGUUGAGAACUUCGUGUAAAUUAUUUCGUGUUUUUGGCUCUGUGUAGAUAAUUUUGGGGUCAUUCUAUGGUCAGUCAGGUUCAGAUAGAUACUAGUAUUUGUAUCAUAUACUGAUCAGGCUGAUUUGUUCUUUUUCUUUUACAUGAUAACCUCGACAGGUGUACAGGCUAGGUGUGUCUGGAAUGUUAAUAAAAGCAUACGGUGGUCAAACUGAAAAUUAA